GAGCCGCCCGCUUAGGAGCUGGAAGCAGACCAGCGCUCAGCCAAAACUGGUCCCGUCAUCCGCAUUGUGUGCACUUCGCAGUGAAAUGUUGUGAUGUUUGAAAGUGAGAAGUAGAAAAAGGUUGAUUCUGAAACAUGUUCAGCUUCGCCAACAAAAUGCUGAACGCCCUCGUGGGCAACGAGGAGCCCACGUCAGGCACAGCGACUGGCACCAGUGUGCCAGGAGUGGCCCGCCCUCAAGGCCCAGGCCUCCCAAGGAUGGGGGCGCCUGGCGGACCUCGUGCACCAAUGCCUGGUAUGACAGGACCUCGGCCUCCGGGAACUAACACGGGCCUCGGGAUGAAUAUGCAUAGUGCUCCGGGAGCCUCAGGUGGUUCGGUCGGGCCAGGUGGCCCCAUGGGCCCAGGCGGCCCCAUGGCCCCAGGCGGACCCAUGGCCCCAGGCGGACCCAUGGCCCCAGGCGGACCCAUGGCCCCAGGUGGCCCCAUGGCCCCAGGCGGCCCCAUGGCCCCAGGCGGCCCCAUGGCCCCAGGCGGUCCCAUGGCCCCAGGCGGUCCCAUGGCCCCAGGCGGCGCGAUGGGGCCCGGGACGGCGAUCGGGCCCGGCGGGCCAGGCGGACCAGGCGGGCCAGGCGGGCCAGGCGGGCCGGCAGGGCCCGUGGGUUCGAUGGGUCCGGGCGGAGCGGGGAUGCCCGGGGGGCCGCCCGGACCCAACGUCGCCGGAGGACCCAUGGGGAUGAACGGCCCCGGGGGCCCCGGCAUGAACCGGCCGCCGGGGCCGGGCAUGGGACCAAGACCCCCGGGCCCCCCCGGCAUGCCCGGACCAAUGGGACCAAGGGGCCCGCGACCUGGAAUACGAGGAAUGCCGCCGGGCAUGGGCCCAGGAGGGCCUCCCCGCGGCAUGCCCCCCGGCCCUCGCGGGAUGCCCCCGGGGAUGGGGCCCCUCGGACCACGUGGAUUACAGAUGAACGGCAUGGGGGUCCCCCGAGGACCGCGACCCGGGAUGAUGGGCCCUGGCGGGACUCGCGGACAGGCGCCAGGACCCGCUGGCCCGGGAGGAACCAGCUCGCCGGCCCACAUGGGACCUCCAAGGCAGCGUCCACCUCUCACAGACCCGAGCGGGAAGGGACCCCCGGCCAUGGUUCCUACGCCGCACGGUCCGCUCCUCCCGCCCUCUACAGCCGAAAACACAUUUAAUUCCCUACAAGACAAUGCGAUGAAAGGCUUAACUGGACAAGAGAUGCUGAACAAAGCGAGAGGAAACGUGGACAAAAAGCCCGGCAUUUUCAGACAGGGUUCAAUGGGGCAAGAACCUGGGGGGCACACUAACAAUCUCGGUUCGGGGUUGAACGCGAACAUGACGCAAGAUAAGUUAGGUCCUCUCGCGCCCGGGAACUCUCAAGCAUGGCCCUCAACAGCCACGCAAGGGCCAACAAACACAACUCAGGGGCUACCUCAUUCUACAUCUCCUCACCCUGGUAACAAAGGUCCAACAAACACUCCCGACGUGGACCUGAGUCAGCUGAGUGAAGAGGAGCGGGCCAUCAUUGAGAGCGUCAUGGCGAAAGCACAGGAAAUGGAGACUCACGACACGCCCGCUAAGCGAAGUGCUGAUGAGGCACAGCGGCUUCGGCUUGAGACCGGCAUGAUGGGAGACAAGACCCAGCAGCAGCAGCAGCAGACGCAGCAGCAGCAGCAGCAGGAGCAGGCGCAGAAGCAGCAGGCGCAGCAGCAGUUCCAGCAGAGACUUUCAGGAAUGUUCGGACCUCAAGCUGAGAUGCGGCCGGGUCCUCAGGGCUACCAACCGGACACACUGCACCAGGGCCAGCUUGGCGCUGACCGUGAGUAUAACAAGCAGUCCACUAACCUGCCCCCCAACACCUCUUUCCUUUCCAAACGCUCUUCCCAGCCAUGCUCGCAAACAUUACAGCCUUCCUCCCCAAAGGAACAACACUCAGUGAAUUCUAAGAGACCAACAGACCUACACACGAAUUCUUCUCUGUCACUAUCGAAACUCGAACCUCUUUUCCCUGUCCCAAUUACAAGUAAUCAUUAUUCGGAUGACCAAAGUUCAGAUAAGGUGCGGGUAUCUUCGCCGAAUAGAGUAGAACCAACUGACGAAGGUACUAAACGCACCGCUGUCGCUGGUGUCGAAAGCUCACUCUCCACGAAAACUGCCGUCGAGAGCUCUAAGAAAGACACGAAAGGUGGCUUCGAGGAGGAGACGCACAAAUCCAGAGACGCCGAGGACAAAAACAAAGACGGAGACGGAAAGACCGGUGAUAAUGAUUCCUACGAAGUGAGCGCCGAAGACGUCAAGCGUUACUUAGCGUUCCUGAACAAGCCGCUCGAGUCCCCGAGAGAGAUUCUGCCGCAGGACCUCACCGAAGAACCCAUCCGGGAGGAGGAGGAGGAGGAGGAGGAGGACAAGACGCUCGGCAGAGGCGGCGAGGGGGCGCAGAAGAGCCGCAAUGGCGAUCGGACGAUGACGCGGGUGGUGGUAAAGAAGGAGGAAGAGGAAGAAGAGAUUGAGGACGAAGAAGAGAUAGAGGAGGAAGAAGAGGAAGAGGACGAAGACGACCACGAAGACAGCGACGAGGAACCGGAAUCACCCAGCCUCCUGACGGCCAUGACAUUCUAUGACCAUUCUCCCGGUGAGGUGUACACCAUACACGAGGACGAGGACGAGGCCAGCUCCCCAACAGCCCCGGACGGUGUCUCAAGGCCUCGACGGAAAGAUGCCGCGGGGGUCCUGGGCCCAGGAGCCGCCGACCCGAGGAGAGGGCAGCUCCGCACGCAGGCGUCUCUCGAGGGGCAUCUGCACGGCACGGGGAUGCUGCGGAGUCCCGCGGACGGCCAGGACACGAGAACGACCUCAGGAGUCGCGCCGACGACCCUCUCCGGCACGACGAGCACGCUGGGCGGCCGCAUCCCGGUGGGCGGGGUCAAGCUGCCGGGCAUGAACGAGGUGCAGAGCGGGGCGCUGCAGUCCAACCUCGCGCAGAACAAGAUGCAGGCGGGGCUCGGCCAGCAGGACAUGCACCACCUGCAGCAGCAGGCCAACCAGGCGCAGAUGGGGCAGAUGAAGCCGCAGACCAUGCAGGACGCCGCCGGCAACCUGGUGUCGAGCGCGGGCGGCCCCAACGCCCAGGGCACGAGUAGCGUGACGCCCGGCAUGAGCACCGUCCCGACGAGCGCCCACGACCCGCUGGCGGCCAGCAAGCCCUUCGGCUCGGGCGCGCAGCAGCCCGGACUCAUGAAUAACCAAAUGAACACGAACAUGAGUAACAUAGUGAGUACCCAACCCAACAGCCAUAUCAGUAACGCCGUUAGUAAUCAAACUAACCCCCAAAUUAGCUCCCAGAGUUCACUACAAAACAAUAUGAACGCUCAGGGCAACCUUUCCAUGGACCCCUCAUUAAGCACACAACAAGGAACAUAUUUACAAAAUCAAAUGCAGAAUAAUCAAUUACAAGCUAACAACAUGUUCGGCAACAAAAACCAGGGCGCCCAGAUGCAAGGGUCGCAGAUGCCAGGUCAGAUGGGAAUGCAGAUGCAAGGGCAGUUUAGCGCGAGCAGCCACCCGAGCACACAGAUAGGCAACCACAUACAGCCCGGGGGAACCUUACCGAACCAACACAUGUCCAACCAACCUAACCAGAUGACCGACGUGGGUCAGAUGAACCAGAUGAACCAGAUGCAGAAUGCGAUGGGUGCGCACGACAGCAAAAAUAUUUCUAGCCUCAUUCACGGGCCACAGAUGCAGACCAGACAGCAGCAGAACCCACAGCAGCCGCAGCAACAGCAGCAGCACAGCUCAACAGCGUCGUCAGCUCUAAGUGGUUUGAGCAGUCUCUUCGGCCUGCAGAAGAACCGACCAGAAGGAGAUGGAUCUAGCCAGCAACAGCAUCAGCAGCAUCAGCAGCAGCAGCAACAGCACCAGCAGCAACAGCAACAGCACCAGCAACAUCAGCAACAUCAGCAACAUCAGCAACAACAGCAGCAACAUUAUCAGCAGCAGCUGCAACACCAGCAGAAUUUACAGGAACAGCAAAAACAACAAAACAUGCAGAUGCAACAGGACAUUCAACAACAAACUUUACAACAGCAACAGCACACUUUGCAACACCAGAUGAACAACAUCAAUCAAAAUCUGCAACAAAACCUUCAACACCAACAAAGUUUGCAACAGCAACAAAGCUUGCAACAACAGCAAAACCUCCAACAGCAACAGGGCAUGCAACAGCACCAGCACCAGCACAACCUCCAACUCCAGCAGCAUAACCUCCAGGAUCAGAGCAUGCAGCACCACCAGCAAAUGCACCAGCAGCACUUGGGACCACAGCAGAAGAUAGGGGCGGUGUCGGGCCUCAUAGGAGACCACUACUCGUCAGCCUACACGGGCAUCUCCCCUCCCUCGCGCCCGCUGUCCAGGGAGGACCUCUAUGGGCAGCAGCAACAGCAACAGAAUCUUCAAGAUGGCGUGCUGCAGGGAUCCAUGAUGCAUCAGAGGCCUGCCCCGCUGUCCCCGACGGAAGUCCGCGGCGGUGUGAUGGUGACGACGUCCGGGAUGGUGAAGUCUCUGGAACGGCCCCGCCAGACUUCACUGUUUGGACUCAAGAGAAAUAAGUCUCUUAGGCCUGACUUAGGAGAAACUUGGCCUACCACUAUAGAUCUGUCUCCAAUAUUGGAUGUGUCUCCCUCGGUGGAGGCUGCCGAGCAGGAAACCAAUGGCAGACAGGACACAAAGGGGCCAAAUGUGUCGGCUUCGGGAGUAGGAGCACAGCAGGGUAAAAGCUCAAUUAGUGGCAUGUUGUCGGACUUCACACGCGCUCUGGGUAAGUACCAUGGCUGGCGAAGAGGUAAUGUAGAAAAUUAUGAGGGUCCUGGAGACGCGUCUCUGCAUCUUGAAUUUAUGCUAAACAACUGUGGAUUUUCACUGAAUUUGAGAGGAAGAUUACUCAAUCAGAAGGGUAAUUCUGAAAUCCAUUUGAAGCAUUUAUCUAUUAAUGAAUCCAAAGCCUUAGAGAGCAGUGUGCUGACCCCUUCCCCUGCCACAGGCCUCGGCGGCAACUCCCCGAAGGACGAGCAGAAGGGGCAGGUGGUCUCAUCGUACCAGCAGCAGAAGCAAGCUCAAAGCCAAAUGCAGACUCAGGCUAACCUGAUCAACUCCCAGAUGGCCGGCCAACAGCAGCAGGCUCAGAUGGCAGCCCACCAACAGGGCCAGAUGGUGGGUUCUCAGCAGGUGUACACGUCCAGCGGGCAGGUGGUGACCCAGCUGGCCAACCACGUGGGCCCUGGAGUGGCCAAUGUGCCGAACACGGUCGUUGGAGGCCAAGUUGUACAGAAUCCUACUGUUGUGGUGAGUGCAGGCCAGCAGCCUGGAGGUCAGCCCCUGCUCUUCCAACAGAUGACCCCCGCACAACAACUGCAGCUGCAACAAAUGCAACUGCAGCACCAAGCACAACACCUAAAGAAGAUGCGCCGCCAGGACCAGGCGGCUGCAUUGCAACAGCAGCUCAUAACACAGGGCAAGAUUUCGCCGACGCCCCUCAGGAAGGACGCCCCGGCAGCAGUCCCCGGCCUGCAGCAGCUGCAGAACUUACAGCAGCAGCACCUGGCAGGGAAGGUGGGCCCCCGCGUCAACUCGAACCUGCCGACGGCCGCCCUGCUGCAGCAGUCCACCAUCGCCACGAGCGACGGGAAGCCUCGCAUGCUGGUUAUGCCCGGCCAGACCAUACCCACUACGGAGACGCCGCUGUCCUCUCUCCAUAGGGCGCGCCUCCGCUCCUCCUCAGACCAGCUGGCUUCACCCGAAGAGUUUAGCAUGUCAGGGGUGAACGCCCAGCUGGCCAUGCUCACCGGCACCCCCAGCACCCCGGCGGGCACCCCACGGGGCCUCCGCGACGACUCUUCUGACACCAUGAGCGAGACAGACAGCCAGAAGAGCCUCCGGAUCCGCCGCAAGCUGCCGCACCUGCCGCCCGACCAGGAGGCGGCGCCGCUGCCGUCGCAUAAAAAGAAUUCUUUUGGACUCAACGCCAAGGACAGAAGACCCACAUUUGCCUACAUCACACGCUAUGUGCAACUCACACCAGAGGAGUUGCCUAUGGAAAUAACCACGGGAUACAACUAUCUCAGUAAAGCAUAG